CGGACGCGGAAGAUGGCGGACGCGGCCGUGGGUAAGGACAAGUGCGGGGAACAGCGGCUCGUGUCGCUGCCCCUGUCCCGCAUCCGAGUCAUCAUGAAGAGCUCUCCUGAGGUGUCCAGCAUCAACCAGGAGGCGCUGGUGCUCAUGGCCAAGGCCACGGAGCUCUUUGUUCAGUAUCUAGCCACCUGUUCCUACAGACAUGGCAAUGGCAAAGUCAAGAAAGCGCUGACAUACAGUGACUUAGCCAGCACAGCAGAAGACUCAGAGACACUUCAGUUUCUUGCAGAUAUAUUACCAAAGAAGAUUUUAGCUAGUAAGUACCUGAAAAUGCUAAAAGAGAAGAGGGAGGAAGAGGAGGAAGAGAAUGAGGAUGAUGAAAGUGACGCUGCUGAAGCCCUGGCAUAAGCCAGCAAGAAGCGCUCUCAGUGAGCCCAGGGAGCAUGCUCAAGGACAGACUGACAGCUGGGAAAUGAUGGGCACUGCAGCUUUGUCUCAGACUUGCAGCUUGUUUCAUCCCUUCUUGCAGUGGGAAAGACUGGACAGCAGCCUCCCCCACAGGCCCUCCAGCCAUCUCCCUCUAAUCCCAGGAGAGCCCUGGGCAGAUGGCUCUGCUCUGGCUUUGGGAACAGCAGCACAUACCACUGAGCUUCACAUUGAACUUGCAGGGAAGACCUGGAAAGCUCCAUGUCAGCUGUGUAGUCACUUGGACAUCCUGUUCUCAGAAAUGGCUACACCAUACUGUGCUACCUUUGAAUUUUUUCAUUUUUUUAAAAAUGGACUAUGUUAUUCUAUUGUACAGAAAUUUGCUCUUUCCUUUCCAUUAAAGGUCUUGUAUUUUACAGUAA